ACACACACACACUGAUGAUGACAACAUGAUUUGAUUGCUCGUUGCAUCUGCAUCCUGUGAGUUUUAUAAGUCGAGUCAGACACGAGGGAACGAGGACGUUUGUAUAAGUUUGGAUUUUGAUCGAAAUUAGUGACGCUGCUGAAACAAUCACACCAUGAACUGUGUGAGCAGAGGAGGCUGCUACCUGGUGAACUCCUACUGUGAGCUGCAGGAGGACAACCAGUGGAAGAAGGAGAGCUACCAAGCAUGUUGGCUGAGCCUGGUCCUUGAAACAAGGCCACAAUACAAGCUGACACUCUCAGAGGCCGACAGCAUUCAAAGAGUGAGUUACAAGCAGCAACAGGUGGUCCACUUCAUGGUCCAGAGGAGUCCCAGCCAGACGCUGCAGCUGGGCAGCAACAGCGGAGCCAUGACAAAGCACCAGCUACCUUUUUUCAAAAGCGGUGGGGACCUACAUCAUACCACACUCACCGGUGGGUCCACAGAACAACAGCCAGUCCAAGGAGUGGAUAAAGAGGAAGUGAUAACUCAGAACCUCGUCAAGCCAGUCAGAGUGAACUUCAGAGCCUCGAGCCUGAUGUCCUCGCCGAGGGAAGUCUCUCACCGGGUGCAGAAGAGGGAGUGAAAGGAGGUGGAGGGUGUUAACUGCAGUUCAAAAAAUAUAACAUAGCUGCUUCAAUUAGUAAUUUACAUAUUAGUCAGUUUAAAGCUAUUGUAUAGUGUGAAAACAUUUGUAUAAACAACUUAAACUGUGACUGUUACCUCCUGAGGAUGAGCCCCACAAGUCUUGUUGUCAUGUAUGACAAACCCUUAUAUCUCAUCUGUUAAGUAACUUUUUUUUGGAAGUAGUAACAUCCAAACAAGAAACUUGUAUUCUUCUGAGGAGUGUUCAUUUAUUUUAAGAGAUUUACAGAAUGUUCCCCCCCUUCCGAUUAAAUGAUCAAAACAUGUAAUGAUGCUGUGCUGAGGAUAAAUGAUGAUGAUGAAAUGUGAUAUACUCUAUUGUAGAUAUGAACAAAUUCUGACAGAUUCUUUACAGUGAUUGUAAACUAUGUUCCAGGAAGAAAUGACACAUUUGUCAAUCAUUUCAAUGCCUCCCAGAGCUUCAUGAAACAUUGUCUGGAACCUUAUUUUGCCUCCUGUUUGACUGUUCAAUAAUUCUCACUCUUGAUCUUGAUCUUGAUCUUGAGGAAAGCGUGAGCUGAUAUUAUUGCUUUAGUAAACCUAAAAUCUCUGGCAAUAUUUUUGAGAUUGUGAAGAAACAAGAACUCCUUUCACCAAAGAUUUAUUAGGAUAUCACAGAAUGAUAAGAGUCAGUACAUUUGAACCUAUUGUAUUAUAUCCAGCACUUAUUCACCAGGUUGUGGUCAUAACAGUGUAGAGAGGCUUGUGUAAAUGCUACAGCUUUAAUUAACCCUUUGUAGUACAUGCACCUUCAAUGUCCCGCUUCCCUGAUAGUUAAAAAAAAUCCCUAAAAUCAGCACUGAAGACUCAAAACGUAAAACCAGCGAUCAGAAACAGACACACUAUCAUACAUAGCUACACAUCUGAGUGUAAGGAGAGACAGAUAGAUGGAUGGAAACCUCAAUUUAUAGACAAAAGAAAAGUAAAAAAAUCUAAUUAAUGGAUAUCCUGAUAAUAUUUCCGACAAUAGUCCAUACACAUAUUAAAGCCUGGUAUCAACACGAUCCCCAAAAGAUGUUAAUGAUUUUCCUUCAAAAUAUUCUCAAUAAUACUCUGUUUUUCCCCCCUGAAGAUGUGUGUGUGUAUUAUCACUUUGGGAACAGUUACUUGAGGCCUUAAAUGCAUAGCCGAGAUGGAGAAACAAACGUUAUUAGACAUAUGAAUCGACAUCUGCACCUCUCAGUAAUUGAAGGCACUCAGAGAAUGUGAAUUAAAAUCGACACAAACGAUCUGACAACAUUGUCCAAAGGGGUAAACGGAAUAAAAAUACAUUUCCUUGCGUUUAACAUCAGAUAUAAAUCCAAUAAGGAUAUCAC